CCUCCCCCGUGCCGGGGCGCGGCGGAGGGAUGUGGGGCUUUGCGGGAGGAAGGUUUUUCGGCAUCUUCUCGGCCCCGGUGUUGGUGGCGGUGGUGUGCUGCGCGCAGAGCGUGAACGAUCCCGGGAACAUGUCCUUUGUGAAGGAGACGGUGGACAAGCUGCUGAAAGGCUACGACAUUCGCCUGAGACCGGACUUCGGGGGUCCCCCGGUCUGCGUGGGGAUGAACAUCGACAUCGCCAGCAUAGACAUGGUUUCCGAAGUCAACAUGGAUUACACCUUGACCAUGUAUUUUCAACAAUACUGGAGAGAUAAAAGGCUCGCCUAUUCUGGAAUCCCUCUCAACCUCACGCUGGACAAUCGAGUGGCUGACCAGCUCUGGGUGCCUGACACAUAUUUCUUAAAUGACAAAAAGUCGUUUGUGCAUGGAGUGACGGUGAAGAAUCGCAUGAUCCGCCUCCACCCCGACGGGACGGUGCUGUACGGGCUCAGAAUCACGACGACUGCAGCGUGCAUGAUGGACCUGAGAAGAUACCCCUUGGAUGAGCAGAACUGCACCCUGGAGAUUGAAAGCUAUGGCUACACCACAGAUGACAUUGAGUUUUACUGGCGCGGGGGUGAUAAGGCUGUGACCGGCGUGGAGAGGAUUGAGCUCCCACAGUUCUCCAUCGUGGAGCAUCGUCUGGUCUCCAGGAAUGUCGUCUUUGCCACAGGUGCCUACCCUCGGCUCUCACUGAGCUUUCGGUUGAAGAGAAACAUUGGAUACUUCAUUCUCCAGACCUACAUGCCCUCUAUCCUAAUUACAAUUCUCUCAUGGGUGUCCUUCUGGAUCAAUUAUGACGCAUCUGCGGCUAGAGUUGCCCUUGGGAUCACCACCGUGCUGACCAUGACGACCAUCAACACGCACCUUCGGGAGACGUUGCCCAAAAUCCCCUACGUCAAAGCCAUUGACAUGUACCUCAUGGGCUGCUUUGUCUUUGUGUUUCUGGCCCUGCUGGAGUAUGCCUUCGUCAACUACAUUUUCUUUGGACGAGGCCCUCAAAGGCAGAAGAAGCUUGCGGAAAAGAACGCCAAGGCGAAGAAUGACCGCUCGAAGGGUGACAGCAACCGGGUGGAUGCUCAUGGAAAUAUUCUGUUAACGUCGCUGGAGGUUCACAAUGAGAUGAACGAGGUUGCAGGAGGCGUUGGCGAUGCCCGGAAUUCAGCAAGAUCCUUUGACAACUCAGGAAUCCAGUACAGGAAACAGAGCAUGCCUCGGGAAGGGCAUGGGCGACACAUGGACAGAAGCAUCCCGCACAAGAAGACCCAUCUACGGAGGAGGUCUUCACAGCUCAAAAUUAAAAUCCCUGAUCUAACCGAUGUGAAUGCCAUAGACAGAUGGUCCCGGAUCGUGUUUCCAUUCACUUUUUCUCUUUUCAACUUAGUUUACUGGCUGUACUAUGUUAACUGAGUGACUGUACUUGAUUUUUCAAAGACUUCAUUUAACACUGAGUGAAAUAUUACUCUGCCUGUCAAGUUUUUAUACCUGUACACACACACACACAGACACACACACGCAGAUACACACAUAUAUACAUACGCAAUUGUAUAUAUAUGUGAACUUUCUCAGCAUAUAUAUAAAAUACACGUGUAUAUGAGGAUGUAUGUGUAUAUGUUUAUACACACAGGUGUAAGUACCCAUGUGUAUGUCAGACAAAUACACAUACAUAUAUACAUUUUGCAGCUAUGGACAAUUCAAUCACAGGAUGCAUAUUAAAGAAAGUCAUAGUUUUUUUCUUUUUUAAUUGAAAGGGACAAGCAUUGUCUAAAUAUUAUGCCUUGAGAAUGAGGGCGCGAAACACAAUAUCAUCCCAAAAUGUGUCUUUUAUUAUCAUAAGUUAGAUGUUUUAGUUUAAAAAUCAGGAAGAAACUUAUUCUUCAAAAACUCAUUCAGUGGUAUUGCUACUUUAAAACAAGUCACACUUCAUACCCACUCUUUCAGUUUAUUAAGCAAAGGCUUUUUGGCUUUCUUGGCGAUGGGGUUUGCUUUCGUGGGGCAGACUUUCUCUGUACUGGUUCCGUGGGUGCAGUGAGACUCUGGUGUGUGCUCACCUGUUUCUUAAGCAUAGGCAGAGCCCACGUUGAUGUCUGCACGUUCAUCUUUUGAAAGCCCAUCGGGGGUGGAUGGCAUCUCACUGUAAGUACUCUGCUGUACAGUAUAUUUCUUUGCUCACUUGGAGUAGAUCCAGCUUACCCAUCUUGUGGGACACGGCGGUACAUUUCGGCAAUGUUGAGUUGACAUUUCAAUCACUGAACACGUGCUCCACAUCUCUUACGGAUUGCUAGGCCUGGUAUCUAAUGGAAAGCUUAGACGUCUCAGGUUAUUUGUUACUCUAAGGUAAAACCACCUAGGAUGAUUUUCCCCCUUGUUUUUAAGUUAUCAAUCACUCUUAUAACAUUGUAUGUUAAUAUCAAAUAUCUUUGCAUAAUAUGCAUAUGUAUAUGUAUAUUUACCAAGAUUUUGUUUCUUAUGCUUGCUAUCAUGGCAGCAUGCGAUGUCAUGUUUUUUUCUGUGAUGUAACUACUUUCUGUUCUCUAGAAUUAAGAUUGAAGUGAAAACACUUCUAUUCAAUUUCAGAAACCAAGAAACAUCCUCAUGCUUUUAUUUCUGUAUCUGACAUGUUUCACAAGCACAUCCAACUACUCCUAGUGUAACUAGGAUGCUGCAGGAACACGACCAGUCCACACCAUGCAUCACCCAGGGACCCACGACCGUUCUCUUGAGGCAAAGGAGAGCAACCUGACAACAAACACAGUCACCUUUGGUUCCUUCCAACCCACAGCCUCAUCAGUAUUUGGACUUUUUAAAGCUCGUAGAAACAAGACAAGGUGCACCGGUUUCAUAGAUGCAACCUUAACUUACUAUUUAGAUGAGAUCUUUCUAAAGAAAUAAAAAGAGAUGAUAUAUUUUUUGUAAACAAUAUUUCUAUCACAGGCAUCCAUAAACUGAAAUGACUACAGUUGUGCAAAUAGAUGUCACAGUGAAGUUAAGCAUUUGGAGAAACAAAAAAGCAAACUAUUCAGGAAAGAACUGCUAAAUUGAUACUUUAUCCCAAAAUGCCACAUAGCCUCACCCUCUCUGUUCUAUCCAAAACCAGUGACCAGAGUCUUGCCCAGUACUCUCAGAGCUGGCCUCAGUUUCCCCACAGACAGGGGUCCAUCCCCCCUGCGGGGGUUUGUGCCAUAGGCUAUCCCCGGGAGCUGACCGCUAUUUGAUUUUCUUUGGCGGCUGAUGACCUUUAAUCUGUCAUGUCUGCAACAGGUCAAACACACCACAAAGUCUCACGCUAGAAGCAGUGACCAGUUUUAUACCCUUUCUUCCCUUUCAUUCUUAUCUUUUUCUUCAGUAUCUUCUUCCAACCACUGCUCGCUGGUUUUACUUUUAUCUGGAGACAAGUGUUUUCUUGUUCCUUGGCUUUUUUCUGACAGUUUUUUCUUGGACAAUAAUGGGGGAUCCUAAAAGUUAAACAGAUUGGGAAAAACCUUG